AUGGUUUUAUCGCACCCAGUCUAUUGUCAAGGCUGCUUCAAGCAAAGUCCAACGCGAGAAUUCUUUGAUCAUCAUAUCAUCGAACAAGAUCUUUUCGUACUACGAAAUGAUAAAGUGGUCUUCCUCUCUCGUGAUCCCAGCACACAUCGUAGUCAUCAAUAUUGCCCACCUCUUCGUGAAUUUACCAAUAUGAUCGGUAUGAACGGUCAUUUGUGUCCUACUUGCCAUCGAAUCGGUUUCAGCGAUGAAUUUGUUAAUCAACACAUCCUGAACAAAGUCAUUCACAUUCACUUCCCCAACGGAUCCAUCAUGAAGCUUGAUCGAAAGCCGCAAACAGGAGAAUUCUUUUGCCCAUAUCCACUGUGCUAUUAUCGUGAAUGCAAUGCUUUGGUGUUCUCCGAGCAUGUGAUGAGCAUGUGUCCACGAAAGACACCAAUGCGUAUUGGAUACUAG